AUGGGUCUUCUCACCAUCGUCGAAGAGAGGCCGACGCCGCCCUCGGUCUACAACUGGCGCAUCUACGUGUUGGCCGGCAUCGCGUCAUGUGGAUCCUGCAUGAUUGGCUACACGAGCGCCUUCAUUGGCACGACCAUCGGUCUCGACUCUUUCAAGGCCGAGUUCGACCUCACCAACAAGACCACCGCCGAGAGACACGUUAUCAGCGAGAACAUCGUCUCCCUCUUCGUCGCCGGUGCCUUCUUCGGUGCCCUUCUCACCUACUGCCUCAGUCACUUCAUUGGCCGCAAGCGUUGUUUGGCCAUUGGAGCAACUGUCUUCUCUUUGGGAGCGGCCUUGACCUGCGGCGCCAACGGCAACCUUGGACUCGGAAUUCUCUACGCUGGACGUGUCUUUUCGGGCUUGGGAACUGGAGUUGCUUCUAACAUUAUCCCCGUUUACAUCUCGGAACUUUCGCCGCCGGCUAUUCGUGGUCGUCUAGUUGGUCUCUACGAACUUGGCUGGCAAAUUGGUGGUUUGGUUGGCUUCUGGAUCAACUUCGGUGUUGAGAACAGUGUUCCCGUCGGCCGUUCGCAAUGGAUGAUCCCUUUCGCAGUCCAGCUGAUUCCUUCUGGUCUCCUCCUGGCUGGAUCCUUGUGGAUUCGUGAGUCUCCUCGAUGGCUCUUCCUCCACGACCAACGCAAGGAGGCCAUGGAGAACUUGUGCUGGAUCAGACAGUUGGAGCCCAAUGACGUUUACAUUACCGAGGAAAUCGCCGGUAUCGACAAGAUCUACGAGUCCACUAAGGCCACCGUCGGAUUCGGAUUCUGGCAGCCCUUCAAGGCCCUCGGUGCCCGUCCCUACCUUCAGUGGCGCCUGUUCUUGGGCUGCAUGCUGUUCUUCUGGCAGAAUGGUUCUGGUAUCAACGCCAUUAACUAUUACUCCCCAACCAUUUUCUCCAGCAUCGGUGUUGAGAGCAACACUGUCAACCUGAUGACUGGUAUCUUUGGUGUUGUCAAGGCCGUCAUGACCUUUGUCUGGCUUCUGUUCCUCGUCGAUCAGCUUGGUAGAAGAAAGCUUCUUCUCAUUGGUGCCAUCACCGGUUCCCUCUGCAUGUGGGUCAUCGGAGGCUACAUCUGCAUCGUCGAGCCGACCAAGAACCCUCAAGACCACUUGACCGGCAGUGGUAUCGCUGCCAUCGUCUUCUUCUACCUCUGGACCGCCGUCUACACCCCCACCUGGAACGGUACCCCCUGGGUUAUCAACUCUGAAUUCUUCGACCCCAACUUCCGUUCCUUGGCAAGCGGUGCAACCACCGCCAGCAACUGGCUGUUCAACUUUCUCGUCUCCCGUUUCACGGAGCAGAUGUUCGCAGCCAUGGGAUACGGCGUUUACUUCUUCUUCGCCGCCCUGUCAUUCCUGGCCUUCUUCUUCGCCUUCUUCCUCAUCCCCGAGACGAGCGGUGUUCCCCUGGAGAAGAUUGACAGACUAUUCGAGAUCAAGCCCGUCUGGAGAGCCAACGAGACGUUGAUGGCCCAGCUGAGGGAAGAGGAGGUACAGUUCCGCACAGACAUCAAGGACGAGGUUAUUCACAAGGAGCAGGGCACGUCGUCGGAGUCGGACUCCCCAUGA